UGAACCUCAUCUUUAUUCCUUACAAAGGGUUAAGUGUAAAAGGAUCUAAAACCCUAGUUAUGUCCGUCGUCAAACUUAUCAGCAGCGGGAAUUAAGAAAAGCAAGCUUCUCUUCCUCGCUAUCUCUGCUCCAUUCGUCAAACCACUAAAAGGAAGUAUCAAAUUCACUUUUGGGUCAGAGUAAGUGAGUUAUUUCUAUUAAGCACCAGUUAUUCAUUGGUUAGUUUCAGUUGAAAUGAAGCAGCUAGUUACUGGGUACUGAUUAUAUCAUCCCCUUAAGAGCUUUGAAGCACUCCCCUUUGCUAUUUGAGUUUGUUAUGGCGUAUACAUUGACCGUUCAAAAUUAUAUGGUAACAGUUAAUGGUCAGCAUGAAUGUUCCAAACAAGAGUAUGCUAGUACUGGUAUCGGCCAAUGCUUGCUGGAAAAAGAAAAACUGUCUUCUUUACACUUAAAUUGUUUGUGCAAGUCUAGUUGCAUUAGUUCAUAUAGCUGUCAUUGGAGUACAACGCUUGGUUUUGGAAGAAAACAACGGGUUUUACAUUUUAAAGGAUUGCAGAGGAGUGUAUGUAUUGAUAGAGUUGAUAAUACUUACGAAGAUGAAUUGGUGUUGAAUGGCCACGAGAUAAAGGUUGAAAGGAAUUUUGCUGAGAAAAUGACUAAAAAGAGGAUCAGUUCUCAUAAUGGUUCAUCGUUGUAUCUGGAUGGACCCUUUGUUGGAAAUGAUGAACAAACCAACAAUGAGAUUCUACAAAAGUUCUGCAACAAGGGGAAGUUGAUGGAAGCAUCUAGGUUAGUUGAUAUUAUGGCUAGUCGAAACCAGAUUCCAGAUUUCCAUUGUUGCGUAAACUUGAUUCGUGGGUUUGUAAAGAUCGACCGAAUAGAUAAAGCUGUACAAGUCCUGAAAAUCAUGGUGAUGUCUGGUGGUGUUCCAGAUGUUAUUACGUACAACAUGGUGAUUGGUGGUUUAUGCAAGCAAGGACAUUUGGAAUCUGCCAUUGAGCUCUUGGACGACAUGAGUUUGAGUGGUUGCCCCCCAGAUGUUAUUACAUAUAAUGCAGUAAUCCGCCACAUGUUUGACAAUGGAUGUUUUGAUCAGGCUAUUGAAUUUUGGAAGGAACAGCUCAGAAAAGGAACUCCUCCUUAUUUAAUUACUUAUACAAUCCUCAUUGAGCUAGUCUGGAAGCACCGUGGAACAGUUCGUGCUAUUGAAGUAUUGGAAGAAAUGGCUAAUGAGGGUUGUUAUCCUGAUCUUGUCACAUACAAUUCCUUGAUCAACUUAACCUGCAAACAGGGAAAAUUUGAAGAUACAGCUUUAGUUAUUGAUAAUCUUCUUUUCCAUGGAAUGGUACCCGAUGCUGUGACUUACAACACCCUUCUCCAUUCACUUUCAAGGCGUGGGCGUUGGGAUGAAGUUGAUGAAAUCUUAAAAAUCAUGAGUAUUAGUUUGCAGCCUCCAACAGUUGUCACGUACAAUGUCUUGAUUAAUGGUCUAUGUAAAAAUGGACUCUUAGAUAGUGCCAUAAACUUUCUCAAUCAAAUGUUUUCCAACAAUUGUUUGCCUGACAUUAUAACGUACAACACUCUACUUGGUGCUCUUAGUAAGGAAGGUAUGGUAGAUGAGGCUUUUCAAUUACUUCACCUUUUAAUUGGCUCGGCCUGCUCUCCUGGCUUAAUUUCUUACAAUACUGUGCUUGAUGGGUUAUCUAAAAAGGGGUACAUGGAUAAAGCAAUGAGUUUAUACAGUCAAAUGAUGGAAAAUGGGAUCAUGCCAGAUGAUAUCACCCAUCGUUCUAUAAUUUGGGGGUUUUGUAGAUCAAACAAAUUUGUAGAAGCUGUGGAGAUAUUGAAGGGGAUUCUCAAGGGAGGACACAAAGUGAAUAGUAGUUCUUACAGAUUUCUAGUUCAUGAACUAUGCAUAAAUAAGAAGGUGGAUCUUGCAAUACAAGUUCUGGAAAUGAUGUUAUCAAGUCAAUGUAAACCCAAUGAGACAAUUUAUUCUACUAUAAUCAACAGCAUAGCAUCUUCCGGUUUAAAGGAACAGGCUGAUGAGUUACGCCAGAAGUUGAUAGAAUUGAAGGUUUUAGGUAAGCAAGCAGUUUAGAAGGAAGAUUUUUUUUUUUUUCCAAGGGGAAAAUUUAUACCUCAUCAACUGCUACUUGAGAUUUAGGCAAUAGUUCCUUGGGGAAGUUGUACAGUAUGGUUUAAGUUCUUCAAAGGUGAAUCCUUGAAUCUUACUUCCUUCUACGGAAAAUACCCUUUUGUGUUUCGAUAAAAAGCUCGUUUUGAAGUUA